ACCGUGUGCAGUUGCUAGCUGAGGUGAAAAUCACGCACCCGCACCCGAGGUUUCCAAAUCCAGGCGGAGGCUGCCCACCGGAGCCGCGGUUUCCUUUCCGGCCGGAUUCCACCACCUCCACCACGUCGACAUAAAAAACCACCUCCCCUUCUUCCCCUCCCCACGCACCACCACCACUCUUCCCUUCCAGAACCUUCUAGAACCCUACCCAUGGCUGCCUCCCUCCUCUCCCGCGCCGGCGCCGCCGCCGCCGCCGCAGCGUUCCGCGGCGCCGGCCGGACCCACCACCUGCUCGGGUCCUCCCUCCCCAAGGAAACCCUCCUUCCUCCCCUGCUCCUACUCCUCACCACCGCCACGCUCCUCGCGGGUCGGGUCGGAUGGGCCGCGGAGGACGCCGGGCUCGGGUGCAUGAUGUCGCCGCUGAUGGGCGCGUUCGGGAUCGCGGCGCGGUGCAACGCCACGUCGUCGUCGUCCGCGGUGUCGGAGGCCGCCGGCGUCCACGUGCUGCCCCGGACAGAGCCCGUGGUGUCGGCCGAGCGGCUGCACGCCAACCUCAGGGACCCCGGCGUGAAGGUACUUGAUGCCUCUUGGUAUAUGCCUGCGGAACAAAGGAAUCCACUACAAGAGUACCAGGUGGCUCAUAUUCCUGGUGCCUUGUUCUUUGAUGUUGACGGAAUAUCUGACAGAACAUCAAGUUUACCACACAUGCUGCCAUCUGAAAAGGCAUUUUCGGCUGCUGUAUCCGCCCUUGGCAUCUACAACAAAGAUGGGAUAAUAGUUUAUGAUGGAAAGGGUCUGUUUAGUGCUGCCCGUGUUUGGUGGAUGUUCCGUGUUUUUGGACAUGAUAAAGUUUGGGUGUUAGAUGGAGGUUUGCCUCAAUGGCGUGCUGCUGGGUAUGAUGUUGAAUCAAGCGCCUCCAGUGAUGCCAUCUUAAAGGCCAGUGCUGCUCGUGAAGCAAUUGAGAAAGUUUACCAGGGACAAUCGGUUGGUCCUUCCACAUUUGAAGCAAAGUUGCAGCCUCAUCUUCUUUGGAGCCUUGAUCAGGUGAAAGAGAACAUUGAUACCCAGACACACCAACUUAUAGAUGCUCGAUCGAAACCUAGAUUUGAUGGUGCAGUUCCCGAGCCGCGCAAGGGAAUAAGAAGUGGGCAUGUGCCUGGGAGCAAAUGCGUCCCUUUUCCUCAGGUGCUUGACAGUUCACAAAAGCUAUUGCCUCCAGAUGAACUCCGUAAACAAUUUGAGCAAGAAGGAAUAUCACUUGAUCAACCCCUGGUGACUUCUUGCGGCACUGGUGUGACAGCAUGUGUAUUAGCCUUGGGCCUUCAUCGCCUUGGCAAAACUGAUGUUGCAGUAUAUGAUGGAUCAUGGUCCGAAUGGGGCGCCCACCCUGACACUCCAGUAGCUACGGCCGUUUAGUACCUUGUGCAGUUUAUGAAGAAGAACUCGGUUGCUGGGACCCUAAGGAGAAAGGCGAAGGAAACUGAAGUAGAGCUCGGGUGGGUGUAGGGUCAGGGAAGUGAAGCCGUAUGUCGUUGUAAAUAAAUGUCAUAUACUCUGAAUUGAGACUUGGUUUCCGCAGUUGUGUUCUCCAACUUCUGCGUACUAAGAUCAUCAAGUAAAUCUUGCUCAAUAUACUGUACUUGUGAACAUAAUUUACAUGUACACAUCAAAAUCGUCAAAAUGAAUUUGAAACAUCUAGUCUUGUGCAAAA